UCCGAUGUCUCAUAAUAUCGCAAAUUCGUAACGGUUGGUAGCGCUGUGGUAUUCUACUGAACGUAUUCAAUAUUGUAUAUUGUUGUAUAUUCUGUAUAUUGUUGUAUAUUCUGUAUAUUGUUAUUCGUGCUCGUUUCGUACAUACUUAUAUACUUGUCGUCCCUGCUCAAAACCGAAUUAUUCUAUCUGUCAUAAUCGACGAUUCGGUUCUAGACAUAUCGGGAAUGCGUAAAUGCCUCCUAUGAAACUUUGGAGUUACUAAAAUCCAUGGUAAUUAAGAGUUUCUAAACAACGAACGACCAUGGCUUGGACCCACUACCAAAGAGUACUGGCCAUUCUUAUGGUUAUUACUGGUUCCCUCAACACCCUUUCCGUCAAAUACGCGGACUUGCAAAUAGUUAAAGGUCAAGAUGAAGAACCUCGACAUUUCAAUCAUCCCUUCAUGCAAUCGUCAUUUAUGUUUCUGGGCGAAAUGUCUUGCAUGCUGUUAUUUAAAAUUGCUUUUUGCUACUACACCCGGCAGAUGAAUGGCAGUGUCGACUCCAAUUCUUUGACGAAGGGUUCCCGAAAUUUUAGCCCUCUUGUAUUGCUUGCACCGGCAAUGUGUGAUAUGUUUGCAACAUCUUUGAUGUACGUUGGGCUAAACAUGACAUAUGCUAGUAGCUUUCAAAUGCUGCGAGGUGCAGUUAUUGUCUUCACUGGAAUACUCUCAGUAGGAUUCUUGGAUCGGAAGUUGGGAUCAAGAGAGUGGUUUGGAAUUUCCCUAAUUAUAAAUGGCUUGAGCUUGGUUGGGAUGAGCGAUUUUAUCAUGCAAAAUGACAGCAGUGUCAGCACUAAUUCCAUUAUCACUGGUGAUUUACUUAUCAUAUGUGCACAGGUGAUUACGGCAGUUCAAAUGGUGGUGGAAGAAAAAUACGUCUCUGGAUUGGACAUACCUGCGCUCCAGGCAGUUGGUUGGGAAGGUGUUUUUGGAUUCAUUGGAAUAUGCCUUGCUAUGAUUCCGCUCAAUUACAUAUAUGCCUUGCCACCUUUUGCGAACAACUCUCGAGGAACAUUAGAAGCUACUGUAGAUGCUUUUGUUCAAAUUGGCAACAGCAUACAUUUACUUAUGGCAAUUAUUGGUAUGACCGUGAGCAUAGCAUUCUUUAACUUUGCUGGCGUCAGUGUUACAAAGGAAAUGAGCGCCACUACAAGGAUGGUAUUGGACAGUGUAAGGACAUUGGUAAUAUGGGCAUUCUCUUUGGCAUUUCAAUGGCAAACUUUUCAUUAUCUUCAGCUCAUAGGUUUUGCAGUUUUACUAAUUGGUAUGUCCUGCUACAACAAUAUUGUUGUACCACAAUUGUUCCGAAAAAUUCAGUGUCGCUUGGGGCGGCGUCAGCCACAACAGGAUGAAGAAAGCAUCAUCACUACAGCAGCCGACGACGUUGCCGAUAAAAAUGAAUAAAUGUAUUCCUUAUACUACGUAUUUAAAUCGAAUUCUCGAUGAUAAAUACACAAUUGCUACUGAAAGAGAUAAAUAUUGAAACAAAGUAUUUCAUUGAUACCACCAUAACGGAUUAUGGGAAUUUUUCUUGCGUGGAAUUGUUAGAUGUGGUGAGAGGCAGAUUACAGCAAAAUGUAGAGAGAGGCUAAUAGGAAUGUGAGCGAAAGGCAUGUGGAGUGUACAGCAAGAGAGCACGAGAGUAGUAGAGUUGACAAUAAAGGUAGUAAGAUGAAAAGCGGAAGAGAGUAAGGAGAGAGUAAAGAAAAGUUAUGUGUGUGAGUCGAACUGUAGACGUAAGAGAACGAGAAAAACAUGUUGAAUUACCAGAUUUAAUAAUCCUGCGUCUCUAAUUGAUCGUCGUAUUGUUAAUGUAUUGUUACCAUGAAUAUAUAAUUUGUUCUUUCUACAGA